AUGACACUUGCCUCCAAACUCCGGCAAAUACUUCACUGUGGCCGUAAGAAAGAUUCAGGUCCUCCACCAAUAAGCGGGCCACGCACAUAUACUGGGGAUGUCAAUGAAGAGGAUGAAUCCUAUGGCACUUUGAGUGAGGUCGCUGCUCCGGGUCCGGUUGAGCCUACAACUGAAGAAGAAGAAGCGCGGCACAAAUCACUCGAUAAGAAUAUCUCUGAGGCACAUUCGCAGCCUCAGCUCGGCAAUAAUUGA